AUGAGUAAGGAGAACGUGGAGCUGUGUGCAUGGCUUAAGCCGGCACGCGCUAGUUCGGCGUUUUCAUUGCGGGAACACGUGUCGUCCACGUCAGCUACUAAUCGUAACCUUUGGAUGUUCCACACUUUCAAGCGUAGGAACGGUGGUAGGAACAAGCACAACCGUGGUCACGUGAAACCAAUUAGGUGUUCUAACUGCGGGAAAUGCUGUCCCAAGGAUAAGGCGAUUAAGAGAUUCAUCGUCAGGAACAUCGUUGAGCAAGCUGCUAUUAGAGAUGUUCAAGAAGCUAGUGUUUACGAUGGUUACACUCUUCCAAAGCUGUACGCUAAGACGCAGUACUGUGUUUCAUGUGCUAUCCAUUCUCACGUCGUUAGAGUUCGAUCUCGCACCAACCGUAGGGUUCGUACCCCUCCUCCCCGUUUUGUUAGACGCAAGGAGGAUGCUCCCAAGCCUGGACAGCCUGGUCAGGCCCCUCGCCCUGCUGGUGGUGCUCCAGCUGCUCCUCGUGCCUAA